AUGUCUUCCUUUCCUCAUGCUCAGCAAGCCCAGAUCAUUAGGGCUAACCAGCGCGACGUAUAUCACGUUUCCUCGUUAAGGGAUCAAACGGACACCGUUCUGAGGUCAUGGCUUGGAACACGGUGGCUAACCAGAUGGGACAAGGAGGUCGGAAUGUUUGUGAAGUUGCUUUAUUAUGGACUCACCACUGGACGAGCAACCCAAACUCUGGGUGAAGAAUACACUGACAUAUGGCAGUACUCUAUCUUCAACAAAUCAACGCCUCCUUCUCCCCUGGCUCGCGCCGUUCUCGUUCUCUUAUCUGUCGUACCUACCUACCUUUUGGGUAAAUGGGGAAAUGCCUUGAACAACGCAUCUCAUCCAGAACGCGCAAAAUGGUUCAAGGCGAUACCAACUGCUUUAGAGGUGGCAGCGGAACUUAAUCUGGCGUUCUUCUAUUUGAGAGGAACGUAUUACGACCCUGUGAAGCGACUCAUGGGGAUUCAACAUAUCUCGUCCUUUCGUGAAGAUCCACACACCCGACCUCCAUCAUAUUCUUUGCUCGGGGUCCUCAUAGGUGUAAGAUUGCUAUAUCGAUUGAAGCAAAACCUCCCUUCUCUUGCCUCUCCCCGCGAUGCCAACGUAGAUGUUGAGACUCCGGAGAAUCAGGAUAUUUUUCUUGACGAGGAUCGUAUUUCCUCGUUUUUGACCAGGGAGCAUCCUGAAAGUGAACCCGCUCGACCUGCUGAGGAAGAUGAAAGAACUGCUUUAGAUUUCGCUGCGAUCCCCGGCGGAAUAAGAGCAUCUAGAAACUGCACUCUCUGUCUCGAAGAGCGGACAGACAGCUGCGUGACGGAGUGUGGGCAUCUAUUUUGCUGGAGUUGUAUAGUUGGCUGGGGUAGGGAAAAGGCCGAGUGUCCCCUGUGUCGACAAUCCCUUGUCCUGUCGCGCCUACUUCCCAUUCAUAAUUUGUGA